AUGGGUGUAAGCUGGGUAGUGAAGUUGUACCUAGUGUUGGCUGUACGCCUGGAAGUGCCGUGUGUAGAGUCGGGGAACUGGCAACACUGUCAGAAGGUAUCACCGAAGAGAUGCAGCGUUGGUGACAGUCGAAGUGGUGGUCCAACGUACCGCUAUGAUAUUGGUGGGUAUGGUUCCCAAGAUCCUGAAUCUUAUGAUUACAAGGGACCUUUCAAGCUUAUCGGUUUGGGCAAAGCUUUUAUGUCUUGCUACAACUGCACAGGUGACAGAAACGUGUCAGGUAGUUCAGCCACGGGAGAGGUCGUGAGUGCAACACUGAGUCCAUCCCAACUGGACAUUACAAACCUUUUGAUAGUCGAUCACAAUGUUGGUACCAUGAGUUCAGGUGAUACCAGCGCUCUCUCAGAUUUGCCUUGUGGUACAUACUGCCACGUAUGGCUCGUAAACUGUAACAUAACGACCAUAGAGGCAGGGGCGUUUGCUAAGCUUUCACAGGUGAAGACCUUGGUCAUCUGGCGGAGCAACCUUCAGACCCUAAAAAGCGGCACGUUUGCUGGGAUGGAGGGUCUCAAAGACCUGCUGUUGUUGGACAACAACAUCACCUGUCUGGAGGCUGGUACCUUUGAUGGGUUGCCCAAACUUGGCUACCUUUAUCUGGUGGAGAACCAAAUACUGACGAUGCCAGUCGGUAUGCUACGUGGACUACAGCUGGAUUGGCUGGACGUAAGUAUGAAUUCUAUCUCUCACAUCGCGCCUGGUGUGUUACAGGAAGCAGGUCCUGUACGGCAGAUCUAUUUCGUUAAAAACAAGCUGCAGUCAGUCAGUGUGGGCAUGUUUGCUGAGCUUGAACAGCUGCGACAGUUGUACUUGCAGCAUAACGAAAUCUCUAGCAUUGCAGACGGGGCGUUCCUAUCAAACAAGCUACUGCAGAGGAUAGUCCUCUCCGGAAACAAGCUGACCUUUCUGUCAGGGCUUUGGUUUCCGCCGGGCAAGGCUUAUACACAUGUGAAUGGGAAAGGAAUUUAUGCUGAUGUGAUUGCAAAGAAAAAUGCCAUAGCUGUUGUCGUCCACGCAUCUAGAUUGUUGAAUUUUGUCUUGCAAAACAACCCACUGCGCUGUACGUGCGCAAACAUUGGGUUGUAUGAACGAAUGUGGAUGCUCUGGAAAGUCGGAUGGUAUCCCACUUGGCGUUUUAUGAUCUCUUUCCAGACGGGGUGUCCCGCCAUUUCCUUGCUAAGGACCCCUCCUGUGGCGGUUAAUGCCAGCGCUCUGCCUUGCCCGGCACCAGUUGUCGAAAUUGUAAAUGUAGAGCGAAAUCAGUACCUCCAAGUAUACACAGCCUUUGGUAACGUGUACUGGGAGGACCUGUCCCACGUGUUCUGGUCCUUUGCCAACGGGUCAGAAUAUUCAAUGAACAUAACACACAACACAAACACAACGGCACACGCCAGUCUGCCAAUAGGAAACCUAACUGUUAGUGUGGUGACUUACAUAAAGGCUGAGGGUUGGGUGAAAUGUAAAGGGUCAGAAAGUAAGGCUGGAUCCUGGAAGCAUGAAUCGUGUUCCAACUACAUGGGCAAGUCUACAUUCACUCUUUGGUUGAGGACUGUCGAAAACGUGACUUUCACAAACUUCAGUUAUACCGUUGUCUCAGAAAUCGGCUCCCACACUGCAUACUUCGACACGAGCUUACACCUCUCACAACCUCGUACUACAUCAUUAGCACAAUCCACAAUCCACACACAACCAACAACCCUCACAGAGCCAACAACCCACGAACAACAGACAACCUACGUACAACCGACAGCACACACACCACCGUUACCCACAUCCACGUCUCUAUGGACGAUUGUGUUGUCGUCUCUAGCCGCCAUAUUGAUGGUGCUCACGAGGAUAGCGUGGAGGUAUUCCACAGAGGCUCACCGGGUGGCCAGGCAAAAUGAUAGGGAAAACUAUUCAGUAGAGGGAGCCCCGGGGCCCAGAGAAGGCGUGGCACGCUUGCCUUCUGGAUCAAGCGCGAUCGUCCCUUAUGCUGUAGCAUACGGCGACACGGUAUCAAACGCCGGCUCUUCAGAUGAGCAGAUUACCCCGUAUGCUAUAACGUACGAUGUCGAAGAUGAUGACAUCACACCGUAUGCCGAGGGGCACCUUCGCGAUCACGACAGUCUGUGCGAGUCAGACGCUUCUGACUCUUCAGAAAUUGUUCCUUACGGGGUGAGCAAGAUAUGUGACAAAUACGACCGUAAGGAAACUCAAGAAAACACACCUGUCACUUACAGAAAUGACAACUUGUCGAGUGAGGGCCCUGUUUCCGAAACGUAUGGCAAAGAUGAACCCAAGGAAACCAUUCUGAAUGAUUCGGUAAACGGUAUCAUUCAUCAGCCAGGCCCUGCCGCUCUGCCAGGUUCCGACCGUAGUGUAGCGGCUUGCUCAGCGGCUUCUCCGCUACCAGAAGCCGCCGCGAUUGAUACCCAGGCUGCCCCCAUUGAUACUGAAACAGCCGAUGCGUCUAAUGAGGACGAUUCAAAACGCGAGCAGGUGAUUUCUGUUGCUACCGUUAGCAAAGACGAUGACGAGGAGACUGCUUUGAAAGAAACCGUCUAA